UUUUCAUGGAUGGAAUUAGCUUUUACCUCGAAAAGUAGUUAGAAAAUCAAGAAGUCUGGGAGUGUUUUAAGUCAAAAAAUGCAGCGGAUUUAAUUAACACUUGGAUGUAAAAACUGUGACGGAAUAAGCAAAUUCUUCUGCUGAAGGCAAAAUGGGAUUUGUGUUGGCCUAGUCGAGCCCUCUGAAGUCUGCUGAGUGACAAGCUUGUGGGAGAGGAGAACAAACAUCAAGCAUGGAUGUGGAAGACUUUCCUCCACCACCUCCUGAAGUGUUGGCAGAAGACCACCUGUUUGCAGAUGAUGAUGAUGAAGAUGGGCAACCCUUUGAUUUUGACAGUGAUGAUGACAUUCCUGAGGCUGACCGCCUGCCUCCUGCACCUCCACCUCCUAUGGUCUUCACCUGCAGUGAUCAGCCUGAGGUUCAUCUGUCCAGCCUGGACACCCCAGCGCCUUCUUCCACAAUCACCAUGGCUCCACCAUCAGCAGACACAAUAGAUGUCAAGGCGAGGUCAUCCUUGGCUGGCGAUGGAGCAGGACUGGGGACUGACAAGGCGGAGACACAUUUGUCACCUCCUCCUGUUCAAGAUGAAGUGGAGGAAGAUCCUGCAAAAACAGGCAGUGAAGGUCAGGAAGUGUCCAGUGACCACCCUCAUCCUCCACAGGCCGUCCCAAGGACCACCUCCCAGGCCAAGGCCAACCCCUACUCUGUGAUUGACAUCGCUCCUCGCCAGCAGCCCCAACAAGGCCCCUCCCCUUCCGAUUCUUCAGCAUUAGAGCCCAAAGAGCCAGAGGGAGGGGCUCAGGAUGUCCACACCUCAGGAUAUUCAGUCCCAGUGCCAUGCGGCUAUGCCACACCCUCCAGUGUCCCACUCAUCACACCGGCGUACACCACGCCUGUCAUCAUCCGGCACCUCUCCAUGGACGAGGACGUGACUGUGGUUGGGACUGGCAGCACCUCUGUUGACAGUGUCUUCACUGAGGAGUAUCCCCCGAUUAGAGAAGAGGAUGCUUUGACUAAAUGGGCAUCAGAUCCGGCCAACACCGCAUGGAUGGAAAGUGCAGAUGAGGUAAUUUAUGAUGAUGUUCCCAGAGAGAACUCUGACUCCAACACGGAUCCUGAUGAGAUGAUCUAUGACGAUGUGGAGCUCGGCGAGGAGGGUGGUGGCGGCGGCAACAGCUCCCUCGACAACGGUUGGAGCUCCAGCGAGUUUGAAAGUUAUGACGAGGCCAGCGAUGGAGAAGGUCACCCUGAGAACGGCAUGCCUCAUGCCUUCAUGAGAGGAAAACCAGCUCAGAGGAAAACACAUCUCUCUCAAGAUCUGUCACGCUUGAAAGAACACUAUGAGAAAAAGAUGAAAGAUCUAAUGGCAAAUACGGUGGGAACAGUAGAGCUGCAGCAGCUCAAACAGAAACACGAGCAGAAGAUGCAAAAGCUGGUCAAAGCAGCUAAGGAGGGGACCAAAGACGGACUUGAGAAAACCAAAGCGGCGGUGAAGAAGGGACGUUCAUUCAUCAAAACCAAAUCUUUUUCUCAUGAGAGGAAGUCCUCCUGUUUUGACGAGGAGUCUAACCUUUUCAUUGAGGUGGACUGUUUUAACGUGGAGCCGGUGCUGGGUCGCGCUCCAGAGGGUCUUUCACAGCAGCAGCUGGUGAGAAGGUGCAUUUUGGACUCCAUACUGGAGAGUGAGAAGAACUACCUUGAUGCACUUAAGAGAAUAUUAGAGCAAUAUGAGAAGCCGCUGUCCCUGAUUGAGCCGCGGCUGCUGAGCGACAGGAAGUUAAAGAUGACCUUCUACCGCGUGCGGGAGAUUCUGCAGUGCCACUUCCUGUUCCAGAUCGCCCUUGCGAGCCGUGUAGCUGAGUGGGACAGCCUGGAGAUGAUCGGUGACGUCUUUGUAGCUUCGUUUUCGAAGUCCAUGGUUCUGGAUGCCUACAGCGAGUAUGUAAACAACUUCAGCACAGCGAUGGCAGUGGUCAGGAAGACCUGCGCCUCCAAACCUGCCUUCUUGGAAUUCCUCAAGCAUCGUCAGGAGUCCAGCAGCGACAGAGUGACUCUGUACGGCCUGAUGAUGAAACCCAUCCAGAGGUUCCCACAGUUCAUUCUCCUCCUGCAGGACAUGUUGAAGAACACGCCGGUAGGCCACGCAGACCGUCUGCCCUUACAGAUGGCUCUGACCGAACUGGAGACACUGGCUGACAAACUCAACGAAAAGAAGAGGGAGGCGGACCAACGCUGUGAGAUUCGUCAUAUCGCAAAAGCCAUGAACGAACGCUACCUCAACAAGCUUCUGAGUAACGGCAGCCGCUACCUGAUCCGCUCAGACGAUAUGGUGGAGACAGUUUACAACGAGCGUGGUGAAAUCAUCAAAACCAAGGAGCGACGCCUCUUCCUGCUCAACGAUGUGCUCAUGUGUGCCACCCCCAACAUCCGGAGUCAGGAUGGCAGUGGGAGUGGGAGUGGUGGUGCCUCACAUGACCAGAAGUUUCUCCUGAAGUGGAGUGUACCUUUAAGCUUCGUGGAGGUGCUGGAGUUUGGAUCCAAUGAGGACAUGGCGGACACCAGCAGAUACCCGGCCCCCCAUUCUGGGGAGAAGGUUGUCAUCAAUGCCAAGCCAAACAAGCUGUACGUGGGCCCCGGUCAGCUGUACCAAGACCUGCAAAACCUAAUCCAUGACCUCAGCCUGGUCAACCAGAUCUCCGGCAUGAUCAGCAGCCUCAAAGGCAACUACCAGAACGUGAACCCCACAGUGGCCCAGGACUGGGUAUCGGGUCUCCAGAGGCUGAUUCUGAAAAAGGAGGAGGAGAUCAGGGCAGCUGACCGCUGCAGGAUCCAACUCCAACUGCCCGGGAAACAAGACAAGUUGGGUAAAGCCACAUACUUCAGUGCAGUGUUUAAUACCCUGGGCCCAGCCAUCAAACAGUCAUGGAUCAGCAACUUGCAGAUGGCCAAACUGGCUUUAGAGGAGGACAAUUUGCAGGGCUGGUUCUUUGCAGAGGACAAUGGGAAUCAAAUCAAAAAGCAGAAACACCCUCUCCUCCUUCGACAGAUGCCUGUGGUCAUGUCAAAACUGCAGGAGUUCAAGGUUGAGUGUGCCGUUCAUAACCCAGAGCCGCACUUCAACGCAGAGAGCACCGCCGACGCUCCCGCCGUGGGUCAUGGCUGCGUCUGGGUUGCAAGUUGCACCAGCCAGAUGGGCCAGAUAGCCAUCGUGGCCAUGCAGAACUCCAGCCCGAAGGUGACCGAGUGCUUUAACGUGGAGUCGCGCAUCCUGUGCAUGGCCUACGUCCCUGCAGACCAACCCCAAGAGAAUGGAGACAAAGCUGUGGAGAAUAAUGACAUCCCCCCAGGGAAGACCAGUGAUACUCCCACCGUCUGUCUGGGCAUGGAGGAGGGCAGUAUCAUUGUUUAUAAGAGCAGCCAGCGGUCCAAAAAAGUACGUCUGCAGCACUUCUUCACCCCGGACAAGUCCACGGUCACCAGCCUGGUCUACACCAAACGCUGUCUGUACGUCGGCCUGGUCAGCGGCUCUGUGGCGGUUUACUCCAGAUCACAAGGCGCCUCGUGGAGCUGCGACACACCCAAGUUGCUAAAACUUGGAGUCCUCCCAGUAAAGACCAUCCUGGCUGUGGAGGAGAACCUCUGGGCGUCUUCAGGUGGACAAGUCUUCAUCAUCAGUACCCACACCCACUCUGUGGAGAAGCAGCUGGAGGCCCAUCAGGAGGAGGGCAUGGUGGUGUCCCACAUGGUGGUGGCCGGGGUGGGCAUCUGGAUUGCGUUCAGCUCCGGUUCCACGCUGCGGCUUUUCCACACCGAGACACUGCAGCACCUGCAAGACAUUAACAUCGCCACACCUGUCCACAGCAUUCUGUAUGGGAACCAGCGAGUGUCAGUGAGCAGUCUGCUGGUUUGUCACGGUCUGCUUCUUGUCGGGACUAACCUCGGAGUGAUGGUAGCGCUCUCUGUCCCCAGACUGCAGGGCAUCCCAAAGGUUACCGGUCGGGGUAUGGUGUCUCUGCACACUCACAGCGGACCAGUCAAGUUCCUCAUUGUGGCAGCUGCUGUGUGUAAUCAACCGUGUGGCGUGUCCUUCUCCACCCAGCCAGCAGAAGGAGGGGAGGACGCCGAGCCACCCUCGGACUCGCUCCCGCCUCCCCCGGACUCGCUCCCGCCUCCCCCUCAGGGGCGGGGCGUAUGGCUGGGAGACGCAGGUUGUACCACCAUGGCUCUUCAGGACUACGUGUCGUCCUCGCCCUGCGGCUCUCUCGCUCCAUCCCAAAGCUCUUUGGAGCACGGGACCGAGGACGGCGCUCUUUAUGACGUGCUCCAUGACCCCGCCCACCACCAGAGGAGCCGCCGGUCCAGCAAGGUGGAUGUUAGCUCUCUGCUGGUGGUCUCUGGAGGCCUGGGCCACCGCAGAAUCAACAAAAAGACCAAACAGUCCCGCCAUGAGGACACCACGUCCACCAUCAUGGUCUGGCAGAUCCCCCUGGUCAACAUGUGACUUGUAACAGAAACACCGGCGAGGUCCAAGAAGAAAAUGUCCCCACACUACCAUGUGCAGGUGUUUCGUUCCACUUCGAUCAGUCCAGACCUGCAGGGGGCACUGCAGAGUUGCUGACACGUUUAAGAACAUCUUGUGAACUUGUGCCAGUUUUAUUCGCUAAAAAACACUCGUUCAUCACGGUGCCUGACUGAGCAAACGGCGGCCUACAGACCCGUUAACCCUGAACAGAGUCACCUUAAAUCUCCCUACGUAACUUGCUAACACGUUGUUCUUCACUACAAAUCCCAGGACUGAGUGCGACUGCAGGACUGAAGUCAGUGUUGAGGACGAGUUUUGGUCGUCACGUUAUUUUCACAGCUUGAAUAUAAGAUGAAACUGUUCCGUAUGUAUUUUCUGGUUAUGUUUUGGUCAGCCAGUGGCUCGUCUCUCUGGCCCCCUGUGGCUCAGGGUGGCGCGUGUUUGGGGUGGAAACACUGGCGGCGCUGAAGCUAAUCUAGCAUUCCCGUGGCAGGAGAAGAAAUGUUGAUGACUGAAUGGAGAAGAAUCUCUGGCUGGCCAGGAUUCUGCUCGUAGGAAAGUGAAGUCACCACAAGAGAGGUGGGCGGAGCCUUAAAACAGAAUCACUUAAGGAUAUUUAAAAAAGAAAAACAAAGAUAAAGAAGCUUUAUAAUGUCACAGUUUAUGUACAUCUGUUGUGUAUAUUAACACGUCUAUAAACCUUUUAUUGAGCAG